UGUUUCAUCUCCAUCACUCUAACUAAAGAUAAAGAUGUCGCUGUCUUGGAUUCUUUUUCUCUCCUUGGUCAGUCUUGGCUGCUCUUUGCCUUUACAAGAGAAGAGGGACGUUCUUCUAAAGCAAGAAAAAUCCCUCAGAGUUGGGGGCAGCGUAGUCUUGGGAGAGAAAGAACGAGAGGCCAACAAGAACCUGAUGAAGAUAAAAGAAGCAGAAAUGAAUGAGGCAAUCAGUACCGGCAUCUUCCCUCCCAGCAUGCACUUCUUCAAGGCUCGGGAGCACAUCCAGAAAAGCAAAGUGUUCAGUAUUCUUCGAGAGAUGCCCAAAGGGGGCGCUCUGCACUUACAUGACCCAGCAAUCUUGAGCGUGGAUUGGCUGGUGAAUUAUGCCUCAUAUCAACCACAAUGUUACAUCUGUUUCACAAGCGGUGGGGAAGUUAAUUUCUUGUUCUCCAAGCCAGCCCCAUUGGGGAAUCUGCCAUCCGGCUGUUCCCAGUGGCUCCUUCUCAAGACGUACCGAGAGAACCUGGGGAACGUCACUGAGUUCGAUAGAAGUCUGAUACGUAACCUAACGUUGCUGACGGACACCCCAGAGCUGGAUUACCCGACCCAAGACGUAGUAUGGCGCAGGUUUGAGGGGGCUUUUAUCGCAUGUUCUGGCCUCGUUCUCUACGCCCCUAUCUUCAAGAAGUAUAUCUACGAGGGUCUCAAAGAGCUUUAUCAAGACAACAUCCAGUACGUUGAGCUGAGAACAAUGCUCUCCCCGGUAUAUGAGCUAGAUGGCACAACGCACGAUCGCGCCUGGGUAGUGGCAGCUUACAGAGAGAUAGCCAAUCGAUUUAAGGAAGACUAUCCAGACUUCUAUGGAAUAAAGAUAAUUUAUACCGUACACAGACAAGAAGAUCUUCCUGUAGUGAAGGAAGCCAUUCAUUAUGCAAUUAAGCUCAUGUCUCAGUUUCCGGACAUCAUGGCAGGCUUUGAUUUGGUUGGCCAAGAAGAUCUCGGUAAAUCACUGUACCAGUUACGAGAAGCUCUCACCAUCCCCAGCAAGAUGGGGGAUACCCUGCCAUAUUUUUUCCAUGCUGGAGAGACUGACUGGCAAGGCAUGGAUGUAGAUGAAAAUCUGCUGGACGCCUUGUUGCUGAAGACUUCCCGGAUCGGUCAUGGAUACGCCAUCCUCAAACACCCUGCGGCCCGGGAGAUAUCUAUGAAGAUGAAUGUGCCUUUAGAGAUCUGUCCAAUCUCCAACCAGGUCCUCCUUUUAGUGUCUGACCUGCGCAACCACCCUGCAGCUACUCUGCUGGCUGAAGGUCAUCCUCUGGUUAUCAGCUCCGAUGACCCAGCCAUGUUUGGCACCCAAGGAUUGUCAUAUGACUUCUAUGAGGUGUUCAUGGGAAUUGGGGGCCUAAAGGCCGAUCUGAAGACUCUUAAACAGCUAGCGGUCAACUCAAUCAGGUUCAGCUCAUUGUCUCCAAAGAAGAAGGACAGAUUGAUGGACGUAUGGCAAAAAAAGUGGGAUAAAUUUGUGAAAGAUUUAGCCAAGACCAAGUGUGAAGAGCAUCAGUAGAACAUGAUGUGAGAUCUUAUUGUACGGCAUCAUGUCUGCCAAUCUGCAGGAUAAUGAAAUGUUUAUAUCUAAGAAUAGAAAAAAACAAAAAGUAAAAAAUUUACACAAAUCAAAAGAAGAGUGAAUGUGUCCUCAGGUACGAGAUGAUCGAGCACCAAUCAUAGUUCCUUUAUUCAUUUCCACAGGUCAAUAAAACACA